GAUAAAUGCAUUAUUACAUUGUAAUGAAAACGAGAGGGAGUAAGCAGAUGCUUUAUAAAAGGUAAUGUAGGGCUGCAAUUAAGUGUUAAUCGGCUAGAAAAUGUUGAUUGCUUUGCUCAUCAUUAUUUUCUUAUUGAUUUGGAGCGUUCGGUCGGAGAGGAUGCCAGGACCGACGCCAAUUCCGUUCUUCGGAAACUCUCUGCAAAUUAAAUCGCAUCCUAAUGGAGUUUUACAGUAUUUCGUGGAGAACUGCAAGAGAUUUGGACCGGUGACGAGAUUCUGGAUCGGAUCCAAACCUCUAGUGAUGAUCACCGAUUUCGACGAUAUCGAAAUUCUGCUGAGAACCCUCGAUCACACGAAGAAAUCCAUCACCUACGAUUACAUAAAACCUCUGCUUGGUGAAGGACUCGUAACAGCUUCUGGGAAAGGUUGGCAUUCGGAUAGGAAAAUGUUGACGCCGGCGUUUCACUACGACAUCAUCAAGAGAUUCCUGCACAUCUUCAGGGGACGAGUCGAAAUCCUUCUGGAGAAUCUCGAGGAGAAAGUCGGAGGAGAUGUGUUCGAUGUGCACGAGUUGAUCAUCGGUUACAGCUUGAACGCGAUGAUCGAAUCCGCUAUGGGAAUAACCUUGGAUUUGGAAAACGAACGAAAUUCGACUUACCGUAAAGCCCUGAAAACAGUUUUGAGGCUGUGUCAAGAUCGUACUUUCAACCCAUUUUGGCGUUCGGAUUUCGUCUUCAGGAGGAGCAAAGCGGGAAGUGAAUUUUUUCAAUGCUUGGACAUUAUCAACGAUUUUUCCAUGAACAUCAUAAACGAAAGGAGGCGACAAUUAAAAGAUGCAGAUUACUCACAGUUGAUGAUCGAUGAAAAUGGUGAGGAAAUGAAGAAACCUUUUCUGGAUUCGAUGUUGAUGGACGGAACGUUCAGCGAUCAGAAAAUUCUCGAUCAAGUCAACACGAUUAUAUUUGCGGGCCAUGAAUCAAUUGCGAACGGGAUCAGCUUCACUUUAUACAAUUUGGGACAAAAUCAGGAUGUUCAGAGGAAAGUUUACGAGGAAUUGCUGAUGACUUGCGGACGUAAUUUGCAUCAUUUCACUGCAACGAAUUUCAGGGAGACGAAGUACAUGAACAUGGUUUUGAGGGAAACGUUCAGAAUGUAUCCAUCAGUUCCUGUGUUCGGGCGUUACGUGGAAUCCGAUUUGAAAUUGAAGAACACGACGAUCACAGCAGGAACAUCCGUUUCCUGCUUCGCGUACCUUUCUCAUCGAAAUCCGGAAGUGUUUCCGGAUCCGGAAGUCUUCGAUCCGGAAAGGUUCGCGGAUGAAAGCAGAAGAGGAAGACACGCGUACGCUCAGAUCCCGUUCAGCGCGGGCCCGAGAAGUUGCAUCGGUCAAAAGUUCGCGUUGGUCCAAGUGAAAUUGGUGUUGGGCGAAGUGCUGAGGCGGUACGCGAUUCUUCCGGGCCAGAAAAUCGGCCAAAUCAGAUCGAUGUUCACACUGAAACCGGAAGGAGGAAUCCGGAUUCGCGUGCGGAGGAGAAGUAGCAGCGUAGUGAUGAUCUUUACCUAUCGCAGAGGCACAUGGAAUAGUUGAAGUAC